AUGCCAGAUCUUAACGAACUCCUCAGAUGGUCCAUAGCUAAUUCCACUUCCCAUUCUUCUGAUUCUUCUCAAGUCACACCAGAUGAAUCCCUAACUCUUCGUUUCAACCCCGCCAAUCCGGAUGUCCGAACCGAACAAAGAGGUCAAACAGGUCUAUCGGCAUUCCAUCCUUCUGACCCUGGUGUCUCACCCGUACCUCCUAUUCCACAACUACGGUCUGAUUUGACUCCGAGAUAUGAUCUUAUAUGGUUAACGAUAGCAUUGGACGAUUUAGAAAUGCUGGUAGAAUCAAUAGACAACGCCAAUAAUCUCGCCGUGUUGAAAUUAUGGGAACCUUUGUUAUCGUUGUUGAAAGUACAAAACGAAGAGAUUUUAGCUGCUACUUGUUGGAUCAUAGGAACUGCCGUUCAAAAUAAUAUCAAAGCUCAAGCUGCUUUACAUCUUCAUACCCCACUUACUCCCAUUUUAUCUUUACUAUCUCCAUCCCAUUCUCCCCAAACACGCGCCAGGGCAACUUACGCACUUUCCUCUUCACUCAAACAUUGGCCAUUAACACCCACAGCCCUUUCUUUGAAUUCUGACGAAGGUUAUCUCGCCAUUUCUUCCGGUGUUCGAGACCUCGACGUUGGUGUACGACGAAAGAUGGCUUUUCUGGUACAUAAUCUAGUCCUUUUACAUGCGGAAGGAUGGGAUACGGAAGUUCCCGAAGAUGUAGCGGCGCAUAUAUUGGAAGGGAGACAAGGACAGGAAGAUGUGAUGGAGGGUUUAUAUAGAGCUGGUGUGUUUAAAGAGCUUUUAAAUGUCUUAAAAGGUGGAAGAGAAUCAACAAGCAAAGGUGAGGGUGAGGGUGAAGGGGAUAAGGGAGAAAUGGAAUAUGAUGAAUUUGCUUUGAGAGCGUUGGUCGGAGCUAUCGAAAUGGACGUUCUGACAUCAGAGGAAAAGAUGCAAGUGAAGGAAAUAUGGGAGAAAUGGGGGAAUGAAGGAAGGAAAGAGAGAGGGAUAGAAAGUGCGGAUGAGGAAAGUAUAGGGAGGUUAUUGUCAUUGUAAUAUAUUUAACAAUGCAGGAACAUGUAUCUCGCAUGGAUAAAUGA